AUGUGCAGCUGUGUGCGGAGCUCCAGGGCUCUGUCUCCUGUCCUGCUCCCCAGACUGCUGCAUCCCCAGAUGGGGUACAGAUUGGCAGGCAGGGGUCUCUGGACUUCACCCCACUGUAGGGCUGUCGGUGGAGACUCCCAGCUGCUCCCAUUGCCCAGCCAGGCCCGUGUGGUGAUCUGUGGCGGAGGCAUUGUGGGAACAUCAGUGGCCUACCAUCUAGCCAAAAUGGGCUGGACUGAUAUAGUGCUGCUGGAGCAGGGCAGACUUGGCGCAGGAACAACCAGACUGUGUGCUGGCAUUGUCAGCGUGGCAAAGCCUAUUUCCAUUGAGUGCAAAAUGGCGAACUACUCCAAUAGCCUUUACCAGCAGCUGGAGGAGGAGACCGGGGUCAAAACAGGGUAUGUGAAGACAGGCUCUCUAUGUCUUGCCCAAAAUCAGGAUCGCUUCCUCUCUCUGAAGCGCCUGGCAUCCCGACUAAAGGUCAUUGGGAUCAGCUGUAACAUCAUUAAGCCUAAAGAUGUGGCCAAACUCCACCCUCUUGUUAACAUUCAUGACCUGGUGGGUGCACUCCACCUCCCUGCAGACGCUGUGGUGUCUCCGCCUGAUGUUAACCACGCCCUGGCUGUGGCUGCUGCUGGACACGGGGUUCAGAUACUGGAGCGAACCACUGUUCAGCAGGUUCUGGUAGAGAAGGGUCAAGUGAUGGCGGUGGAGACUGACCGUGGCUCUAUCGAGUGUGAAUAUUUUGUCAACUGUGCAGGACAGUGGGCUUAUGAGUUGGGCCAGGCUAGUGAGAUGAAGGUGUCAGUUCCUCUUCAUGGCUGUGAACACUUCUACCUCCUCACCAAACCUCUUCAGGAGCCACUUCCACCCAGCACACCAGUGGUGAUCGAUAUGGAUGGCAGGCUAUAUGCACGGCAGUGGCAGGGAGGCCUUCUGUCAGGGGGCUUUGAGAAGAAUCCCAAACCCAUCUUCACUGAGGGCCGCAACCAGCUGGAGAUCCAGAACAUGCAGGAGGACUGGGACCACUUUGAGCCAAUGCUCUGUGCCUUGCUGAGAAGAAUGCCCAGUCUAGAGUCAGCCGAGAUCCAUCAGCUGGUCAACUGUCCGGAGUCCUUCACCCCUGAUAUGCGCUGCCUGAUGGGGGAGACGCCGGGUGUCUCUGGCUACUAUGUGCUGGCAGGGAUGAACUCCUCUGGCCUGGCCUUUGCUGGAGGAGCUGGCAAGUACCUGGCAGAGUGGAUGACCUAUGGCUACCCCACUGCCAAUGUCUGGCCACUGGACAUCAAACGCUUUGGCAACCUGCAGAGCAGCCGAACCUUCCUGCGACACAGAGUAAUGGAAGUCAUGCCCCUGCUGUACGAACUAAAGGUUCCUCGCUGGGACUUUCAGACGGGGCGUCAGCUUCGGACCAGUCCUCUGUAUGACCGUCUGGACACCCAGGGAGCUCGCUGGAUGGAGAAACAUGGUUUUGAAAGGACCAAAUACUUUGUUCCUCCAGGGAAAGAUCUGCUGUCUCUGGACCAGAGUAAGACUUUCUACAAGCCGGACUGGUUUGACAUUGUUGGAGCCGAAGUUAAAUGCUGCAAAGAGGCCGUCUGUGUCAUCGACAUGUCCUCCUUCACUAAGUUUGAACUGACUUCAACAAAGGACCAGGCACUGGAUCUGCUGCAACAUCUGUGCGCUAACGACCUGGAUGUUCCAGUCGGACACAUCGUCCACACCGGCAUGCUGAAUGAGAGGGGAGGCUAUGAGAACGACUGCAGCGUGGUCCGCCUCAGCAAAAACAGCUUCUUCAUCAUCUCUCCGACAGACCAGCAGGUCCACUGUUGGUCCUGGAUAAAGAAACACAUGCCCAAUGACCCACACCUCCACCUAGAGGAUGUCAGCUGGAAGUACACAGCUUUAAAUCUGAUUGGCCCUCGUGCAAUGGAUGUUCUGGCUGAGCUGUCCUAUGUUUCCAUGACACCUGAACACUUCCCAUCCAUGUUCUGUAAGGAGAUGAGUGUUGGCUAUGCCAAUGGGAUCAGAGUGAUGAGUAUGACUCACACUGGGGAACCAGGUUUCAUGCUCUACAUCCCUAUAGAGUAUGCCCUGCAUGUGUACAACGAGGUGAUGUCAGUGGGUCAGAAGUAUGGGAUUCGUAAUGCGGGGUACUACGCACUGCGCAGCCUACGCAUAGAGAAAUUCUUUGCCUUCUGGGGUCAGGACCUUGACACCUUCACCACCCCGCUGGAGUGUGGACGAGAGUUCAGGGUUAAGUUUGACAAGGACACAAAUUUCCUCGGUCGUGAUGCCUUGCUGCAGCAGCGCCAGGAUGGUGUGUCUCGGCGGUUCGUCAUGCUGGUUCUAGAGGACCACGACACCGAGCUGGACCUGUGGCCAUGGUGGGGCGAGCCCAUCUACUGUAAUGGUCAGCUAGCUGGGACGACCACUAGCAGCGCCUACAGCUACACUCUGGAGCGCCACGUCUGCCUCGGCUUUGUAUCUCCGCCACCAGGCCCGGAGGGCCUGCCCACACCCAUCACCCCAGACUUCAUCAACCGUGGGGACUACGAGGUGGACAUUGCUGGCCAGCGCUUCCCAGCCAAAGCCAAACUUUACCCCUUUAGCUCCCUCUUCACCCAACAAAAACGCCGCAAGGAAGACAUUGAGUUGAGCAACCUCCAGGGGAAGUGAUACGGAGUAAUGGAAGGCCUCUCCUUUGCCUCAGAAGGGGUUCUGUCACACUCCUUCAGUUCACCAAAUCCACUCUAGCACUAGACUUGAACCUGUUGUCCCUUUUUUAGCUUCCAAUCUGAGGGCCGUAUGGACAAUUACUCCUUGUUCCUCUAAUAUUUAACUUCCAUAUUGCAUCUUCCUCUGUCAAAGUGCAAUAUUUAAGAAGCACUAAACGCUUGAGCUUUAUAAAAUACGGAGCUCCUGUGUCAUCAAAUGGUGCAGGUCUGCUUCAGCCCUGCCCUGCUUCACACUCUGCACGGUCCACACAGUCUCAUUGGUUGGUUUACUGAAGCGGUCUGCGGUUAAGUGCCUUGGUCAAGGCAACAUCAACAGUAUGUGUUGAGGACUCUUUCACUUUGUUCACUUUAACCCAUGCAGAAGGGAUUUUGACCGACAAUCUUCUCCAGUAGUCACUAUAAAGUUUCAACACUGCUGUUUGGAAGUCUGAAAGAAAUGUCAUUCGGUGCUGAUGUGCAAAUGCCGUCACAGUCAGUGUAGUUCUCUCUGUACUCUAUUGUCAUUUUACAAAUUGUAAAUUUUUUGCUGUAAAGAAUAUGAGUGAUGUGAUGUGGCCUAAUUCAGAUACUUUAAACUGUUCACUACUAUCAUCCCCACUACGUUAUUCCUCAACAAUGAAGGAAAAUACAUUUCUCAGUCGAGGGACGAAAGGACAGAAAAAAUUCAGAGGAGAGAAUCAGGAAGCCUUUAUAAUGAUUAGUAAACUAUUGUUUUGUGUGCUGCCAAUUACUCCACUUCCAGUCCUGUUGAACCGGCUUCCCAGGCUCUCUCAAAGUGAAGCAAGAUGAGCUUUUUUCCCAUGAUAAUGUCUUUAUCAUCAACUUUCAGCUGCUCUGCUUGUUAUUCUGCCGUCAGUCAACCUUGUGGCGAUGUAAUUACGGUUAUAAUCCAAUCAGUUGUUUAUUUUUUGUGGUCAUUUUGAAGCAGCGUUGCUGUUUCGAUGCUCAAGUCUAGCUUUAUUGAUGUGUUGCUGAAUGUGUGGCCGAUGUUAGGUGAUCCAUAGGUGAGGGAAGGCACAAUGGGAAAGCUGCGUUUUGAGCUGUAAUCCCAGACAUGUUGGUUAAGAGUCCACGAUAUCUUUUCAUUGAUUUUACUUUUGCCUCCUGGUCAGGAGUUAACGGGGUUUGUGUAAAGAAAGGACUUCUUUGUGAUUUGAAAUAAAGUAAUGUAUUUUUGUAUAGCUA